AUGACUCAAAAGAAGUAUGCAUCUCAGGUGGCGGCACCGAUGCCACUGUUUAGCAAGCUUCCCACGGAGAUACAGAUCAUAAUCUUUCACGAGGCGCUUCGCAAGCCGCAGAUUCACUUUAUAAAAGCGACGCGCGAGCAAAAUCCCGGCGAGCGCAACCCGUCUUGGACUGUAGCCCUGAAAGCCAGGGACAAGAGCAGCGACACUUCCGGCUAUCGCUUGCUCAACAACAUGGAGGAUAUCGCACGCUCCUUCCCCGUCGCGGCCGAAGUGAUGCGCAAAAACAUCCUCGAGCCACAUCGCCUACCACUGAUGCCCGUCCCGAAAGAGGGCUCAUGGAGCAUCGACGCCGCCACGGAUCUCGUGGUUAUCGAAUUUGAUCGCGACAAAUCAGGGAAGAUGCGGUUCUGGCAUCCACGGAACCGAGUCUACACUUCUACCCAGGACGUCGAUGCAAUCCGCCAUCAGCUUGAGGGGAUCAGAAAGCGGAAACACGCGAGUUGGCAGUUCUGUCCGGAGGAGCUGCUGGGGUUCAUUUACCAGCUCUCCCAUGUCGAAGCGGUGUAUUUUAUCCUCAAAGCCCGGAUAAAUACCAAAGUCGUGAAAGAGUAUGCGACCAGCUAUUUUUCUAUCCCCGCCGCUAUUCGCAACAGCUUCGGCUUCGAAACUUUCUACUCCACCACCAGGAGCUACGUAACCGUCCCCCUUCCUUCCUACACCAUUGGACCGGUAUACCACGCGACCUGGAAAACGAAAGACUGCGUCUGGCCGGAGAAACCCCUUCCAGUACUCAUUAAGAUAGCCCGCGCGUCGGCUGCGACCCUUCCCCCGGACUCCAAAGAGAAACAGUACGCGGAGCACACGCGCAAGCUCUCGCACCUCAGUCGCAAACUAAACCAUCGUGACAAGGUCAGUCCCUUGGUUUCGGAAGUGAUCCGCCAAAUGCGGGCCGACCAAAAUAUCCCGGUGUCGGCAGACUAUGAGUGGCCAGAUCCACCGCCACCUCUGGUCAACACCGCCCGAUUUAAAGCCCACAAAGAACAACACAGGCGGGACUAUAAUCUCGACAAUUUCACCAGGGGGAGACGAGAUAAUUUGGAGUUUGGCAUGUUGCUUAUGGUGGAUGAUGCGGCCCCGGCUGUUAGCAAGAAGGGAGGGGAGAAAACCAAGGGCGCCAAGUGUAAAGCUGGUGGUGCAAACACGAAGAAGUAG